AUGAAUCAGGAAAAAGACGAAACAGCGGCUAUUGAUGAAGAGAAUAAAGAUGUCAGUGGUACAACUGAAACAACAGUAAAUAGUGGCUCAAAUAAAAAAAAAAAAGACACCGAUGAUGAAGAAGAAGAAGAAGAUGAACCGGUUUAUAUUGAAGCAAGUCCAUGUGCUCGGUGGCAAAAGCGACGUGAAACAGUUGCUCAACGUGAUAUUCCCGGUAUUGAUGCUUCUUAUUUAGCAAUGGAUACAGAAGAAGGUGUAGAAGUUGUUUGGAACGAAGUCCUAUUUUCAGAAAGAAAAAUCAGUGAUAUUCAACACAAUAAAAUUAGUGAAGUUUUUGAUAAACUAAUCGAAUUAAAUCAUAUGAAUAUUGUCAAAUUCCAUGGAUAUUGGCAAGAUCGAAUUAAACACGAUGAUCGUCCACGAGCUGUUUUUAUCACGGAAUUUAUGUCAAGUGGUUCAUUGAAAUUAUUUUUGCGGAAAACAAAAAAAACUAAGCAAAAUUUAUCGAAAAAUUCAUGGAGACGUUGGUGCAUUCAAUUACUGUCCGCGCUAAAUUAUUUACACUCUUGUGAAGAGCCAAUUAUUCACGGUAACUUAACUUGUGAUACGAUAUUUAUUCAAAACACUGGUCUACUAAAGAUUGGAUCGAUCCAUUAUCCUCAGUUGAAAGCAUUUGCUGAUUUGGAAAUCGUCGCUCCAGAUGUACUACAUCGUCAUGUAAAAAGUAUAUCGGAUUCAGCAGCUAAAAAUCUACAUUUUCAAGCGCCAGAAAUCGAUACAGAACUAAGUCUCAUUACAACAGCUGUCGAUAUCUAUUCACUUGGAAUGGUUACACUCGAGAUGAUCAAUCUUGAUCUUGGUGGAAAUGGUGAUGUACAUUCAGUAACAGACGAGGUUGUGAAUGAUGCUAUUCAAGCACUUGAUGACCCUGUGCAAAAAGAUCUCAUAUUAAAAUGUCUUGAAACCGACCCACUCAAACGACCAACAGCACGUGAAUUACUUUUUCAUCCAGUUCUAUUCGAAAUACCAACAUUGAAACUUCUAUCUGUUCACAUACUAGCCGAUGAUAUUCGCUAUAAUCCUGAUCGUACAUUUGUUCAAUCUACCAUUCAUCCAAUGUCCAGCGAUCAAGUAUUUGCCGAAACCGAGUCAAAUCGUGAUGGUUUUAAACCGAUUGUUUAUACUUUCAAAGAUUGUCCAUCGUUCGAUCUGGAUAAAUUGGUGGAAGAUGUGCAAAAUGGUCUCUACCCGAUAACAGCAUACCAUCUUCUAUAUCCAACUCGUAGUUCAUUGAUUGUUGCAACGAAGCCAGCUAAUCCAAUUAAAAUUUUUACCUCGUCAACAUCAUCGUUGUCGUCAUCAAUAUCUGCAACAACCGAUAAUGACUUAUUAGCGUCUGCUCAGACGAUAACGGACUUAUCGAAACUUCUUUCGAAUAAUUUAAAUGAUGGAAAUCUAUCAACGAUGAUCAACAGUUCGCCAAAAUCUCGAGCUGGAACAACAUCAUCGAUUACAAAAAGUGAACGAUCUUCUUCUGUAGCAGUCGAUAAUGAACAUCAUAGACGAGAAGCUGCAUUAUCAUCAACAGGAACUAAUUCUAAUGCAACAAUGGCACCUGUGACGAAUCCUGAUGAAAAAGAAAAUCGACGUAUUAUUGAUGUACAAUGUAAAACAAAAACAAAAGAAACUGGUUUAUGCAUGUUAUUUAUUAGCGUCAAAUUUCAAGAUCGACUGCAACGUGAUAUGACCACAGAAAUUGAACAAGACGAAACUCCUAAUAUGAUUUCCAAAGAAUUACUAGAACUUGGUCUAAUUCAUGAGAAUGAUUACACACGAGUUGAACAAUCAAUUGAUAAAGCAUUUAAUACGGCAAUCAUAUCGCCCGAUGUAACGAAUUCAACUUCUGUAUCUGAUACCAAAAAGACUGUCGCUGCUACAACAACUCCUAUCGUAAAUCAAGCGCCGCAAAAUCAAUUCAAUCCAACAUCAACCAAUGAAACUUUAACCGAUGGUAAUAAUGCAACAGCAUGGACUAAUAUUCAAUCACAGCCAGUCACGUUUCUACCACCUUAG